AUGAGUGUUUUUGUUUUCGGAUCAAAUGCUAUAUCUCAGUUGGGACUGGGAGAAGACGAGGGAAGCACUCAUGUCCCAACAAGGCUUUCUUUCUUCGACGGCAUGUCUCUGACUAAGGUUAGAUGCGGAUCCCUGCAUACGUUGAUACUUGACUCUGAAGGGACGUUAUAUUCCUGGGGAUGUAACGAUGAAGGUGCGCUAGGAAGAGAUGGUGAUGAGUCUACUCCUCAGAAGGUAUGCCUUGGUGAAAAGAUUGUAGACAUGGAUUGUGGCGCCUCUAUCUCCGCAGCAUUGACUUCUAGUGGGCAUGUGUAUGUGUGGGGAACGUUUAGAUCGACUAACGGUGCCUUUGGAUUGACUCCCAAGGAGAGCAUUUCUUUUAUUCCUAUCAAGGUUCCCCUUAAAAACAUACAGACCCUGAGUGCUGGGCAAAACUUCAUAGCAGCGCUUGACUCGAAAAAUGCUAUUUUUACCUUUGGCUCAAAUGAAUUUGGAGAGCUUGGAAGAAGAACAUCUGAAAGAAACAAGCUAAGGGCUCUUAUACCAGAUGCAGUAACGACGCCCAGAAGGCGCUUGCAGAACUAUAGAUUCAAAUCGGUUGGAUGUGGCCUAAAUCACUUAAUAGCACUCAACACAGACGAAGAAGCCUACUGCUGGGGAUCGAAUCUUUAUGGGCAGUUGGGGCAUGAUAAGGCUGAAAGCACCUUUAGCAAGCACAAGGUACCUCUGGAGGGGAUAAUCCAGGUGGCCGGCGGAGAAAAUCACAGUUUGUUUGUUACUAGAGAUGGAUGUCUAUAUGGCUGUGGCAGAAAUAAAGAGGGGCAGCUUGGCAUCCAGUCAACAGAAAGUAUAAGGUCUCCUGUAAGGCUUGGGCUUUACGGGGUCGAAGCAGUUCGCUCCUAUAAUAGUUUUAACAUAUGCAAGAUUGGGAACGAAUUAUACUCGUGGGGAACAGGAUUCAAUGGCGCACUGGGGCAUGAGGAGGAAACCCUAUUCCUACCAAAAAGAAUUCCAUUCGAUUUCCCUAAGGUGAUAGAUUUUGAUGUUGGAAAUGAUUUUUCUGUUGUAGUGACUGAGUAA